AUGGAUGGCACUGUAAAAGACAAUAAUUUUCAGUGUUUUGGAAAAGCACUCAUUGGACUAUCCAUAUGUUUCUUUGCUGGUGUUUGCUUUUCUCUAUUCUCACCAGCAUUCAACUUGGCAACAAAUGAUCAAUGGCAUACAUUGAAAGAUGGGGUUCCUCACUUGGUUGUCUACACUGCAUUCUUUUACUUCUCAGUAUCUUGUUUUGUCCUUGCUAUAAUCCUCAAAAUCACAUUCCUUUACUUCCUUGUGCUGGACUUACCCAAAUCAUCAUUCAAGGCUUAUAUGAAUGACUGGAAUGGCAGAGGCUGGGCCUUAAUGGCCGGUCUGCUCUGCGGGUUUGGCAAUGGUCUCCAAUUCAUGGGAGGCCAAGCUGCAGGGUAUGCUGUAGCAGAUGCUGUUCAGGCACUUCCACUAGUAAGCACUUUCUAGGGAAUUCUUUUGUUUGGAGAAUACAGAAAAUCGUCAAGAAGAACAUAUACAUUGCUAGUAAGUAUGUUGUCUAUGUUUAUUGUGGUUG